AUGUCUACAAAAACAAUCUCCUGUUUCUUGCUCAUUCUAUGCAGUGUAUUGCUUGUUCAAGUCAAAUCUCAAAUAUGCCAUGGAAUUGCUCAAUAUGCUAAAUGUUCAACAAAUGCUGCUUGUGUCUGUUUGCAUAUUCCAGGCACUAUUAACGUUGGCAUCUGUAGCUAUGAAUUCUUGGCAGACUGUUUCAAACUAGCUAUGUGUGACCACAAUAGCCUUUGUUAUGAACCUAAUCAUAGAUGUGUUCAUCAUCCUCGAUGUCAGAGCUCGCCUGUUUGUUAUCCAGUGCCGACUUACAAUGAGCAACUCUGCCCACCAUUAACAAGUAAAAAAACCAUCAGUUAUUUUGAGAGUGAAGAUGUGACUGUGAGUUUUCUGUAUGCAUGCUCAUUAAAGAACAGCCAUACAGCAUCAUCUACAAACAUAUGCGCUCACCAUCCAU